AUGACUACCCCAAGCCCUAAAUCCGAGCACGCUCGUCUCCAGAACGACUUUGGAGCGGAUUACUGGAUUCGCAACAAGCAAGAACACCGUCACGCUACUGCUGGACGGGGCCUCUUCGCUGGUUUACAAGAUACCAAGAACUAUAAUGUGGAUAGUGGGUGGGCGCGCCGCAAGUCUGGGGAUGUGCAGACUGGGUUUUUUGGAGCUAUCUUGAGUCGGUUUGUUGGUGGAUCUUAUCACCCGCCGACUGAUUAG